AUGGCAUCUUUGAAACAACUAGACCAACUCUUAGUUAAAGAGCUAAGGCGGGAACUUCGUUACCGAUAUAUGAAGAUUGGUGGUACCAAGGAGGUGCUUACAGCUCGUCUCCGGCAAGCCCUGAUCGAUGAAGACAAAUAUCCGGAUACCUACCUAUUUGAAAUUAAACCCCAGAUUUAUGAGCUCAUUGGCAAGAUACACAAAGGUAUUGAUGCAAUGUGUGAACAAAUUAACAAGGUAGAUAAUAUGGUGUCUCAAGCAAAAGAAGAAAUAGGCUUGUUGGUGAUGAAGCAGUUGCCUGUAGACUUGUUGGUGAAGAAGUUGCAUGGUCAGGACUAUGGCUGCACAAAUAGUGGUGACGGAGACGCUGGGGAUUGGAGCGCCGUCUGUGGCUAUGUUCCUCCCUCACCAACCCCACACCCUACACCAGCCUCCCUCACCAACCCCACACCCUACACCAGCCUCCCUCACCAACCCCACACCCUACACCAGCCUCCCUCACCAACCCCACACCCUACACCAGCCUCCCUCACCAACCCCACACCCUACACCAGCCUCCCUCACCAACCCCACACCCUACACCAGCCUCCCUCACCAACCCCACACCCUACACCAGCCUCCCUCACCAACCCCACACCCUACACCAGCCUCCCUCACCAACCCCACACCCUACACCAGCCUCCCUCACCAACCCCACACCCUACACCAGCCUCCCUCACCAACCCCACACCCUACACCAGCCUCCCUCACCAACCCCACACCCUACACCAGCCUCCCUCACCAACCCCACACCCUACACCAGCCUCCCUCACCAACCCCACACCCUACACCAGCCUCCCUCACCAACCCCACACCCUACACCAGCCUCCCUCACCAACCCCACACCCUACACCAGCCUCCCUCACCAACCCCACACCCUACACCAGCCUCCCUCACCAACCCCACACCCUACACCAGCCUCCCUCACCAACCCCACACCCUACACCAGCCUCCCUCACCAACCCCACACCCUACACCAGCCUCCCUCACCAACCCCACACCCUACACCAGCCUCCCUCACCAACCCCACACCCUACACCAGCCUCCCUCACCAACCCCAACUGGUAA